AUGACAGCAGCAGCAGCGACGACAAGCGGCAGACGCUCGAUCUCGCCAUCACCAUCGGUCUCGACUUCACAGCGGCAGAAUGAGGCGUGGUGGAGCAUCCAUCCCUUCCGUGGCAUGGUCAACGAUGUCCGUCGAAGAGCGCCUUACUAUGUCAGCGACUGGCUCGACGCGUGGGACUAUCGUGUUGUGCCCGCCACAGUCUUCAUGUAUUUUGCCAACAUCCUGCCCGCCCUUGCCUUUUCACUCGACAUGUUCCAGAACACGGGAUCUAAUUAUGGCGUUAAUGAGGUCUUGCUGGCGUCUGUUCUCGGUUCUGUCGUCUUUUCCAUCUUCUCCGCCCAGCCUCUUGUCAUUGUUGGAGUAACUGGUCCCAUCACGGUAUUCAACAGCACGGUUUACGACAUCAUGAAACCAACUGGCGUCAAUUACCUGGGAUUCAUGGCCUGGAUCGGAAUAUGGUCGUUAAUCUUGCAUUGGAUCCUCGCCAUUACAAAUUCGUGCAACUGGCUGCGUUGGGUUACACGUUUCCCCUGCGACAUCUUUGGCUUUUAUGUGGCCUUUAUCUAUCUCCAGAAAGGCAUCCAAGUACUUGAGCGCCUCGGCGAUGACAGGGCCUUCUACCUCUCAAUCGUUGCGGCUCUGUUGCUCUUCAUGGUUGCUUACAUCUGCGGUGAACUUGGAGGCAGCAGCCUCUUCAGACAUCCUGUUCGCGUCUUCCUCAAGGAUUACGGGACGCCGUUGACCCUGGUGUUUUUCACCGGCUUUGUCCACAUUGGACGCAUGUCCCAGGUCCAUCUAGCGGUGCUCCCAACCAGUACUGCGUUUGAGCCAACAGGCGAUCGAGGAUGGCUCGUCAACUUUUGGGAUCUGAGUGUUGGGGAGAUUUUCACUGCUCUCCCAUUUGCCAUACUCUUGACGAUUCUGUUCUGGUUCGACCACAAUGUUUCGUCUCUCAUCGCACAGGGAAGCGAAUUUCCCCUUAGGAAGCCCGCUGGCUUUCAUUGGGACUUUUUCCUGCUUGGUAUCACCACCGGGGUCGCUGGCAUCCUCGGCCUCCCCUUUCCAAACGGCCUGAUUCCACAAGCCCCUUUUCACACAGAGUCUCUUUGCGUCACCAAAGCUGUCAAGAAACUCGAUGAAAAGGGCGAAGAUAAGGGAGAAUAUACUUUUGAAGCCACUCACGUUGUCGAGCAGCGUGUGUCAAAUCUCGCCCAGGGGCUUCUCACCCUUGGCACCAUGACGGGCCCUCUUCUCGUCGUCCUCCAUCUAGUGCCGCAUGGUGUUCUGGCGGGACUCUUCUUCAUCAUGGGCUUCCAAGCCCUUCAAGCGAACGGCAUCACCGCCAAACUGCUUUUCCUAGCCCGCGAUAAGAACCUGACGCCUUCAAACUCGCCUCUUAAAUCAAUCAAGCGGCGCGCUGCGAUCUGGGGCUUUGUCAUUGUUGAGUUGGUCGGCUUUGGCGCCACUUUCGCUAUUACACAGACCAUUGCUGCUGUUGGCUUCCCCAUCAUCAUCUUGCUGCUUAUUCCUGUACGCGCCAUGGUCCUGCCCCGGCUAUUCCGUUCGGACGAAUUGGCAUUGCUCGACGAGCCAACGGCUUCUGAUUUCACCAUGGAGGGCAUCGGCGGCUCCUGGGGCCGUGGCGAGCAGCAGGCUGGACUUCAAAGCAACGACGAUACACGUCUGGCCAGCAGAUCAUCGUCCUCUCGACGAAGUGUUAAUGCUGGAGAUGCUCGCCGCGACUACAAGAGUCAAGAGGAUCUGGCAGAGCUUGGCCAAGCUCCCCAUAUGCGAAAUACGAUCACUAGAAGGAGGAGUGUUGACGCAAGGUCGAGCGCCACGCCAGAUACUGCAUAG